UGUGUCUGGGCACAUUGUUUUUCGCCAUUGUAAAAAGAGCCGGGAAAAUUGAGCUUGCAUUGUCGUGUAAGAGUUGGAGGACACACUGCGAAUAAAACGUGUUCUACUACCACGGAUUAGUCUGCCCUUUCUUUCGGGAACCAAUGUGUGGGGUAGCCGUUUAAGGCAACUCCAAGUGACGCACGACGACAAUCUUUUAUUCGCAGUCCUAGGGCGCCUGCAGGGGCAACUUGCGCUGGAAUGACGGUUUAGACGGCCAGCUAGAGAGUUGCCGGAGCUGGAGUGACGGUUUAGACGGCCAGCCAGGAUUUGUGUGAGCGCGGCCAGCGGUCAGAAGGCGCAAGGAGCGCCAAGCAUCCGUGGCCGCAGCCAGCGGCGACGCUAUUUUGGAACUGGGGAAGAUGCAGCAUUCCCCCAGGAGGAGUGCCCGGCUGAACGGAGGGGAAGCCACCCCUAUAACAACAGUGAGUCAGCAGCCAGCCAGUAAUGGAGCAGGAACUCAGACGCGGGUGAACAUCACGGCGGCGUCGAUUCCUUGCCCAGCCACUACGGUGAGUACUACAGUAGCUUCCCAACCUAGCUGUCACAGCUGCGAGUUCAGUACCGGAAGUGAAUCAGCCCCUCGUGUUGGAACUCAUGGAGAGGAUCGCAGCGUUGGAGAGGGAGCUGGAGAGGGCUAGAUCCCUGGAAAGUGUGAGCACCGCCAAUUACGCGCCGAUCGCAGUUGGCCCAAGCGCAGUUGGCGCCAACAGUGGAGCGUCGGGGCGGCCGUCAUUUUGGAGCGGCCAGCCAAUACCCACAUCUAACGGAGAGGCCUUACAUAACGGGGUCGGGUCGGUGCCAUACAACGGUGACGGUGCGAGCGGUGCGGCCUGCACGCUGCCGCCAUCUUCGAGUGGACCGCCAUUGCUAACGACUAGCAACUAUUUUGUGGAGCCACUGUGUGCAACAGGCACUGCGCAGCCAGCGCAUGGACUCGUGCUACCGGGCGUGAGCAUCCACAAUGCGGCAACAGCAUCGCCACUUGUCGGAUCCUACGCCGCGACGACGCCGAGUGGAAUCCAGGGAGCAUAUGGGCCAAGGAAGCUUCCAGACUUGCCUAUAUUUGGAGGGCAGCCCGAGGAGUGGCCGAUCUUCAGCUGUGCGUUCGUGGAGACGACCCGAGCGUACAACUGCACGGACCUGGAGAACAACCAGAGGUUGUUGAAGGCGCUGAAGGAUGAAGCGCGCGAGGCAGUGAAGGCGCUAUUGAUUCACCCAGAGAAUGUCAGCGCCGUGAUGGAGCAGCUGCGCUUUAGGUUCGGCCGACCGGAGCAGCUUAUACGCAGCCAGCUCAACAACGUGCGAGAGGUGCAGCCAAUUUCGGAGCACAAUUUGGCGAAGAUCAUUCCCUUCGCAACCCGAGUGAGUAACCUCGCGGCCUUCUUGCAGUCAGCGAAGGCGGAGCAACACCUGGGGAACCCAACCCUCAUGGAGGAGCUUGUGGCUAAGCUGCCAACGAGCAAGCGAGUGGACUGGGCCAGGCAUGCUGCAACGAUUGCGCCCUUUCCCACUGUAGUCCACUUCAGCGCGUGGCUACAGGAGUACGCAAACGUGGUGUGCACGGUUUUGGACGUCGAGGGAAAGGAGCCGAGGCGUCGACUUCUACAUGCAAGCGUCGACCAUAAUGAAUGCGAUCAACAGGAUGAUCGGCAUGGAGGUUGUCCCAUCUGUGGAGGACAGCAUGCAAUAUUGAACUGCAGAAAAUUUAUUGGAGCUUCGCCACAGGAAAGGUGGAGCAAUGUGAAGAGGCAUCGGCUCUGCUUCAAUUGCCUGCGAAGCGGGCACACGGCUAGAUCCUGCUAUACGCGAGGUGAGUGCCAGACUAAUGGAUGCCGAAGGGAGCAUCACCGUCUGCUACAUGGUGCGGACGAGGAGCGAAGGCCGCUGCAGCGAGGUGGCUUCAGACGCCACGAAGGGAACCAGCAGCCAGCAGUUUCCAGACGCAGCCCGGCCAGGAGGCCUUCGCUACGAGAUGGUCACAGGGACCAGGAGAGGAACCGGCAGCCAGCCGUUCCCAGCGACAGCCUGAAGAGAGGAGCUCCGCGUGAAGCGGGAGCGCCCAUGCAGAGGAAUUUGAGCUGCGUUGACGCCGAAGGAGGCCAUCUACUGUUCCGUAUACUGCCGGUUACGCUGUACGGAGCGGGGCGAAAGGUGGAUACGUAUGCGCUCCUAGAUGACGGAUCCUCCGUCACGAUGAUCGAUGACGAACUACGGAGGGAUCUUGGAGUGCAAGGAGAGCGUCGGCAGCUAAAUAUCCAAUGGUUUGGAGGUAAGGCAACCAGAGAGCCUACCAACGUGGUGAGUCUGAAGAUAAGUGGAGUUGGAAAGCCCACUCGCCAUGUAUUGAGAAACGUUUAUGCCGUUUCGAGUUUGAGUUUGCCGAUGCAGACAUUGAGCCGACGAGAUGUCCAGGGCGUACACAGGGAUGCGCGUCUGCCGAUGAAGCCUUACAGCAACGCGGUGCCGAAGCUGCUCAUCGGCCUGGAUCACGGACAUCUGGGGUUGCCACUUAGGACGAGGCGGUUCGCUCGAGAGGGACCGUAUGCGGCCGCAACCGAGCUGGGCUGGGUUGUGUUUGGGCCUGUAAGUGGGCAACCGACCACGCCGUCACCGAGGUCCUGCCUACUUGCCGUGUCAGUGGAUGACGCGAUGGAGAAGAUGGUGGAGGACUAUUUCGAUAUGGAAAACUUUGGAGUGAAGACCGCGCCGCCGGUCGCAGCCAACGACGAUGUUCGGGCCCAAAGGAUACUCGAAGACACCACGGUGAAAGUGGGGCGUCGCUACCAGACGGGAUUACUCUGGAAGGACGACCACGUUGUGCUGCCACCGAGCAAGGAGAUACACAAGGAUGCUGGAUUCGAAUUAUGCAAGUUUUCAUCCAGCUCACCCACCGUGGAGACGGCUUUAGGACCUGGUCGAGUCAAGAGCGUCGGAUGGGGUGAGGCUGAAGAGAAGAUCCUCGGAAUGCGUUGGCAAGUAGCAACAGAUGACUUCAGAUUUAACGUGGAGUAUCAUCGAGUGCCAAGCAGCGUCCUGAGUGGAGAUCGAGUUCCUACGAAGAGGGAAUACUUGAGCCUGGUGAUGUCAACGUUCGAUCCCCUGGGAUUCCUGUGUUGCCUCAUGGUUACAGCGAAGCUACUGCUGCGAGAGAUUUGGAGGCAGAAGAUCCAGUGGGACGAACCACUACCGGAAGAGUUAAGCAAAGCCUUUGCGACUUGGCGCAAAGAGAUGGACGCCGUGGGACAGUUCCGAUGUCCGCGCCAUUAUUUUGGGAGCAGUCCACCAGGGUGAUAUGGUCUUCGUCUGCGAUCCUGCCUUGGCCCGACGAGAGUGGCGCAAGGGCAUCGUGGAGGAGGUCUACAGCGGAGCUGAUGGAGUCGUCAGACGCGCUAAGGUGCGCGUGAACGACAACGGCCUAUCUAGGACAAUGAUGCGACCCGUCUCUAAACUUGCAGUUUUGGAUUUGAGUGAAGCGGUUCUUCACGGGGUCGGGGAUGUCGCGGAUCGAAUAUUGUUAUCGAUAGGCUAGUUAGUAUUUUUAAGAAGUCCGAAUGUGGAAGGAUUUAUAAGCCCAUAUGUGUCUGGGCACAUUGUUUUUCGCCAUUGUAAAAAGAGCCGGGAAAAUUGAGCUUGCAUUGUCGUGUAAGAGUUGGAGGACACACU